AGUGGAGCUUCAACGACGUCGUACCUUUCAAUCUAAUUGCGGGGGUUCAUAAAAAAAGGCAAACCAAGAAGGCAACCACUCGAUUCGCGAAGCUCAGCUGGGCUUUUGCUCUUUUUUCUGCAUUCUGCAAACGAAGGCUACAACAACAACCAAAGCAACAAUGACAACAAUUACUUGAGCUCCUAACGAAGUCGUAGUGUGUUAUAUUGCAGGGUUUGCAUACAAGUUACAGGUGAUUUGCUCCCAGGUCUAUGAGCCAGUAUCUGUAUCUACAAAACCAGAGGCCUCAAAAUAAAAUCACCACUCAUCAAGCAGCAGUUUAAUCAUCUCUUUAGAUCCCCAUACACUUUCUUUCUACUUCCUUCCAUUACCAGAUUGUAUCAAUGAUAGAUUUGUUUUCCUCUUAUCCCUUGCUGUUCUCCUCUGCCAUUUGCCCGAGCUCUCAGAUUGUUCACUGGGUAACCUUUAAACAUCCUGGUUUACUUUAUGAAUAGUUAGAACAGUCUUGAGUGUUUUCUUACUGCCUCUACUGCUGUGGGAAGCAAAAUUCUUUCAUUCUUUGUUUAUCUUCUUCUAUUUCUCCAUUAUCUUAUUUCCCUUUGUAACGUCAAAAUCAAUUCACAAGUUUAUGCUUUUCUGUGUCAUUUUAUCAACCACCUUAACCUAUAUGAAUUAUUAUCUAAUUCUUCACAUUCAUUGAUACCCUUGAUGUAUUAUCAUUCAUUUAUGCCAGUUUCUUUUUAGAUAUGCAAAUUGAGGGAUUGUCCCUAGUUAAAUAUAUCAAAAUAGCCCAAUUCAUAAAUUUAUGAAACACGUUUUUGUAUUUUGAUAUUUCACUUUGCUAAUGGGGACCUAUGCUUGUAACAUGCUAAUUUAUCCCAAGUCAACUUACCCAUUAAUCAAUAAUAUUAGGAAAACCUUUUACUUUCCCUUGCGAAGCUGUACUUUCCAAACACCCAGAGAAUUUAGUUUCAGUAAAGUACAUUGUCAAUUGGGUGCUUCCAAUGUGGAAGACACUGGAAAACCAGAGAAUAAAGUAGAGAAACCGAGGUAUAAGUGGGUAGAGAUAGGUACUAACAUCACAGAAGCCCAAAAGAAGGCCAUAGCUCAACUUCCUCCUACAAUGACCAAACGAUGUAUGGCCAUUAUGAAGCAGAUUAUCUGCUUAUCUCCUCAAAAAGGCAGUUUGUCUGAUUUGUUGGCAGCUUGGGUGAGGAGUAUGAAGCCUGAUAGAGCUGACUGGCUUGCAGUUCUUAAAGAGUUGAAGAAAAUGGAUUAUCAGCUUUAUCUUCAGGUGGCAGAACUUGCCUUCUUAGAAGAAUCUUUUGAAGCCAGUGUUCGUGACUAUACCAAAAUAAUACAUGAUUACGGGAAGCAGAACCAACUUCAAGAUGCUGAAAAGAUCCUCUUAGCCAUGAAAAGUAAAGGUGUCGUCUGUGAUCAGGUAACUUUAACUGCCAUGAUUCACAUGUACAGCAAAGCUGGGAAUCUUAAGCUGGCUGAAGAAACUUUUGAAGAACUCAAGCUGAUUGGAGAAACUUUGGAUAAAAGAUCAUAUGGCUCAAUGAUCAUGGCCUACAUCCGAGCUGGAAUGCCCAAGCAAGGAGAGACUUUACUUAGAGAAAUGGACGCCCAAGAAAUAUAUGCAGGAAGGGAAGUUUACAAGGCAUUGUUAAGAGCAUACUCCAUGACAGGUGAUUCUGAAGGAGCUCAGAGAGUCUUUGAUGCAAUUCAGUGUGCUGGUAUACCUCCUGAUGUUAAGCUGUGUGGGCUUCUUAUAAAUGCAUAUGGAAUGGCAGGUCAAAGUCAAAAGGCAGGUCUUGCAUUUGAAAAUAUGAGGAAGGCUGGUCUUGAACCAAGUGAUAAGUGUGUGGCUUUGGUGUUGGCUGCUUAUGAAAAGGAGAACAAGCUUAACAAGGCAUUGGAAUUUCUGGUAAAUUUAGAGAAGGGUGGUAUUAUUGUUGGAAAAGAAGCUUCAGAAAUAUUGGCCAGGUGGUUUCGGAGAAUAGGGGUAGUAGAAGAAGUGGAGCUUGUCUUGAGAGAAUAUGCUGUAGGUGAAGCAAAUUUCAAAGUUCCCUCCUCACCCUUGGCAUUUGCCCAUUCAGAGCCUAAUUGAUCACUUAAUAGCCUAUCCCUAAUGUGCAAACUUUUGUAGAGUACAAUAUGGAAUUAUUGCUUGAAUUAGAUAAAUACUUCUACCAUGAUUUAUAUAUUAGCAAUUUGUUUUCUA